AUGCCUCUCUGGAACAUUUACCAUACCGAGGGCGCCUUCGAAUCCCAGGAGACCCGCAACGUCUUUGUCGCCGGUGGAGCCAGAGACCAGAAGCCUUUUGUUCGACUGGUUAUCCAGCACAUGGCUGUUCACAUCCAUGAGGGUGAUCACAUGGACGACUUCCCUAAGCAAUUCAGCGAUUACAUCAAUGCUACGAUCAAGCCAUAUAUCGCUGAUAAAGGCUACGAUUGGGAGAUCACCGUCAGCGAUACCCCACGCGACUUUUGGAGGUUCAACGGAAUUGCGCCACCUCCAUGGAGAAGUGAAGCCGAGAGGGUUUGGGCUCGAGAUGGGCGCCCUUCGGAAUGGGAGGAGAAAUAA